AUGGACAAUGAUAUUUGUCCGAUUCCACUAAAGAGUAUCGCCAGUUCCAAAUUGGUCUGCAAGCAAUGGAAAUCAAUACUCGAAUCUCCCUUUCUCCGCAAGCUUUUCCUUUCUCGCCAUCAAAACUCUCAUUCCAUGUGGUCGCUCAUAGUGAAGAUCGAUCAUCAGCAUGAAGCCGUUGCUCAUUACGGAGGCGAUAUUUGGGGUCAUCCACCACAACAACUUGGCUCUUACAUCGUCCCUUGCAUUACCCAAACACUCAUAAACCACAAGGAAAAAUACAGACAAGCCAGAGUCGUGGCUUACACGGAUGUCGGGUUGAUUCUGAUCCGUCUCGUGUCUACCAUCGGGAACGUAUCCUUGUACGUGGCUAAUCCUGUCUCACGAGAAUGCGUAGAAACUUCUCCUCCGUG